AUAUAUAUACUCAAGUAACCUAAGCCUAGUUCAGAAACUAUUUGGCACUGUUUUCUCUGCUUUACAAAUAUCAUCAUCUUCAUCAAUUAAGACAACCAUAAAAGCAUCAACAACAUGCCUAGGGGUCGACCACUUUCUUUGCAGACAGUGGAACUCAAAGUAAGGAUGUGUUGCCCAGGUUGUGAGAGAGUUGUCAAAGACGCUAUCCAAAAGCUUAGAGGGAUUGACUCGGUCGAGGUGGAGGUGGAAAUGGAGAAGGUGACAGUAAUGGGAUACGUUGAUCGUAAAAAGGUGCUGAAGGCAGUGAGAAGGGCAGGAAAGAGGGCAGAAUUCUGGCCAUAUCCCAAUCCACCUCUAUAUUUCACAUCAUCAAAUAAUUACUUCAAAGAUACAACAACAGAGUACAGAGAGAGCUAUAAUUACUGGAGGCACGGCUACAAUGCGAGUGACAAGCAUGGUACUAUACCUAUAAGUUAUCGAGGAGAUGACAAAGUUAGCAACUUGUUUAACGAUGAUAAUGUCAAUUCUUGUACUCUCAUGUGAUGUAUAAAACAUGUAUGUUAUAAUCUUAAUCUUAUUUGCAUAAGUAAAUUAUGAGUGUAAUCUAUAUCAUGUUGUCCCAGCUUUAUGUUAUUCCCUAGUCUCUUGCUUGUAAGAUAUACCAUCAUAUAUAAAAUAUGAUCAGGCAAGAUUUGAAUAA